AUGACACAAGACAAAUUUCCGAAAAAUAAUGAACUUGUCGAUUUCGAUCUGUGUUUUAGCUAUAUCUCGGAGAUGUGGGGAAAAGCUAUUGCCACUCCCUGGGCGUGUCAACCAGAAGCUAUUGCCACUCCCUGGGCGUGUCAACAAGAAGCUAUUGCCACGCACAGGCGUGUCAACAAGAAGCUAUUGCCACGCCCGGGCGUGUCAACAAGAAGCUAUUGCCACUCCUUGGGCGUGUCAACAAGAAGCUAUUGCCACUCCCUGGGCGUGUCAACAGGAAGCUAUUGCCACGCCCGGGCGUGUCAACCAGAAGCUAUUGCCACUCCCUGGGCGUGUCAACCAGAAGCUAUUGCCACUCCCUGGGCGUGUCAACAAGAAGCUAUUGCCACGCACAAGCGUGUCAACAAGAAGCUAUUGCCACUCCCUGGGCGUGUCAACAAGAAGCUAUUGCCACACACAGGCGUGUCAACAAGAAGCUAUUGCCACGCCCGGGCGUGUCAACAAGGUGCUAAGAUGAAGAAAUCUUCUGAAUAUUUUCCUUGCGGUUCAUAG